UCAAGCACCUUCUCAUCCCUAUCCUUGCCACUCCCAUGGAUUUCUUCAACUCAUUGCUCAACUUCAUAGUACCACCAGCCAGCAUGGUCAUGCUUGCCUUUUCAUGGCCAACUCUGUCUUUUAUCCAUGGUUUAGAGUGGCUUUUCCGUAGUCUCUCCAAGGAGAACAUGGAGGACAAGGUGGUUCUCAUCACUGGUGCUUCUUCUGCCAUUGGAGAGCAAAUUGCAUAUGAAUAUGCUAAAAAAAAGGCGAAUUUAGUAUUGGUUGCUCGAAGAGAUCAUCGUCUUCGAGGGAUAAGAGAGAAUGCACGAUUGUUAGGUGCCAAAACUGUACUUAUAAUGGCAGCUGAUGUUGUCAAGGAGGAUGAAUGCCGGAGAUUUGUCGGUGAUACCAUCUCGUAUUUUGGCCACUUGGAUCAUCUAGUGAACACCGCAAGCUUGGGGCAUACCUUUUAUUUCGAUGAAGCUCACGACACUAGUGUAUUUCCUCACUUGAUGGAUAUUAAUUUCUGGGGCAAUGUAUAUCCGACAUGCGUCUCACUUCCGUAUUUGAAACAAAGCCAGGGACGGAUUGUUGUCAAUGCGUCGGUGGAGAGCUGGAUGCCAAUGCCAAAGAUGAGCCUCUAUGCUGCAGCGAAGGCGGCUGUGAUUAGUUUCUAUGAGUCAUUGAGGUUUGAAGUGAAAGACGAGGUUGGAAUUACUAUUGCAACUCAUGGGUGGAUCGGCAGUGAGAUGAGCACAGGCCGGUUUAUGCUAGAGGAGGGCUCGGAAAUGCAAUGGAAGGAAGAGAGAGAGGUGUCAUCAACCGCAAGCCAUGUGGAAGAGUUUGCAAAAAUGAUAGUAGCUGGAGCAUGCAGGGGCGACUCAUACGUGAAAUACCCAAGUUGGUAUGAUACAUUUCUAUUGUACAGGGUAUUCUCUCCAGAUGUUCUCAGCUGGACAUUUCGCCUUCUCUUUGCGAACCAUGGAACAAGGAAGCUCUCGCACAGCGGAACAAGGCAGCCACUCCUUGAAGGCCCUCCUCCCCGGAAACUGCUCACAGCACCUCCAACUGCAGUUCAAUAUCAGCAAUGGGGAUAAAUGCAUGACUAUCAGAAAUGAGAGUAGUAAUAGAAUUAUGGUGCUUUUGAAGUUUCUUAUG